AUGGAGCUGCCACGGGUGCUGCUGGCGCUGGCUGGGACGGGCGCAGCCGCGGGCCUGGGUGACUCCCCUGGGGGGUCGGGGGGCUCGGUGGGGCUGCGAGCCCUGCUGCCCUACGUGCCCCGCGUGCCCCCCGCGGCGCUGCCGGGGAAGCUCACCGCGACCACCUUCGCGCUGGAGAGGCCCUGCUGCGUCUUCGACCGGCACGCCGACGCCUCCGACGCCGUCUGGCUGGUGGUGGCUUUCGCCAACGCCUCGGACGCCUUCAGAAACCCUCCAUCCCGCGCCGACGUGCCCCUGUACGAGCGGCUGCCCACCGCCCGCUCCUAUAUGACGCUGGAGGCGGCUGCGGCCGCGUACGCCUGCUCGGCACCGAGCCCGGCCGUCCUGAGGGUUGGGGGCGACACGGCAUGUGGGGACCAGGGUGGCUGGGACCCCUGCAACGGGCCCCUGCCCUCCCCGGGGCCCUACAGGGUGAAGUUCCUGGUGAUGGGCUGCCAGGGCCCCAAAGCAGAGACGAGGUGGUCCGACCCCAUCCUCCUGCGGAGAGGUACCGGUGGCACCGCCGUCCCCCCGCGAGUCCCCUGCACCUGCCCGGACGGGGUGCCGGCACGUGGGACGGUAUCGGCCCUAUGCCGUCACCCCAAAACCCAGAGGGGAGAAGCGGUCCUCGAUCUCCCCCGGCCGCCCUAUCCCUCCCCUUUCCAUCGCACCAUCCCUGAGCCCCCCGUGUCCCCCCCAUAUCCCUCAUCCCGUCUCCUUCCAGCCGGCAGCCCGAGCACCAUCGACCCCGCGCCCGCGCGCCGUGGCGGCGACGUGGUCGUCAUCACCUCCAUCCUCGCCAGCCUGGGGACCGUGCUGGCCGCCGCAGCGCUCGCCGCCGUGGGCACCGAGGUGUGGAGGUCCCUGUGCCGCCGGGAUUCGGGGACCGGCACCUUCGCCCGCAGGUCCUACAGGACCCACCACAUCCCCCCGGCCCUGCCCCAGCCGCUGCCCCCCGGCUGCAGGUGCAGCCCCCCGGGGCUGGGCUGCUUUGCCCCCCGGCCUCCCGGGCACCGGGUUCCCCCCCCCCCAAAACCACCCGGGGCCUCGGCUUGGCGGCAUUUGGUAGCAGGGGGGGCCACAUGCUGGCACCGGUGGGGUCUGCGGGGACCCCCGAGGUGGGCAUCACCCUGGGGUGGCACUCUCUGCCCCAUUGCCUGGGUGAGGAUUGUUGCCCGCCAGCGUCACGAGCGUGGCGGUUCUCAGCACGCCUCCCGGGGAAGGCAGUCAGGCAUAGGAAAUGCUCCCCCGGGGAAACAAGCCCAACCUGUUUGCCACGGGGCUGGCGCAGGAAUGUGGGCGGUUGGCGGCCACAGGUGGGUUCCCCGCAAGGACGCAGAACCCGGCCACCCGCACUCCCGCCCUUGGCAUCCAGGCGCCCGCACCAUGUUCCUGCUGCUUCUCCCGCUCCUAGCGAUGGCCCACGGCCUGGACGAGCUCCCGCACAAACCCAAACCGAGCAUGGCCAGCUCCACCCUGGGGGGCCUGACGACCAGUUCCACCUUCACGCUGGAGCAGCCCCGCUGCAUCUUCACCGACCUGCAAGACGACGUCGUCAUCUGGCUGGUGGUGGCCGUCCCCGAGGCCGUCCGCAACUUCAGCAACAGCGUGAGGCCGGGGUCCCCCGAGAGACAGUUCCAGAAGUUCCCCACCAGCGCCCUCGCCUACAUGACCCUCAACACCACCCUCCUCAACUACCCCUGCCCCAAACCCCCCGGGGAGAUCGCGGUGCUGCGCGUCGGCAGCGAGACCAGCUGCGCCGAGGAUAACACGAGACCCACCUGCAACGGCCCCCUGCCCGGUCCUGGGCCGUACCAGGUGAAGUUCCUCGCCCUGAUGGAUUCCGACCCCGUGGCCGAGACAGCCUGGUCGGACCCCAUCACCCUGAGGACAGCCCGGCAGCUCAGCAGCAUCCCCGCCACGGGCAGCGGGCGCAGCGCCGGCAUGAUCGCCCUCACCUCCAUCCUCUCCAUCCUCUUCGCCGUCCUGCUGGCCGUCCUGGUGGCCAUGCUGGUCUUCUGGGGCUCGAACGCUUGCGGCGGCAGCGGCAGCUUCAGCAAACCGGAGGCGGUGACGGUGCGGCGGUACAACACCCACCACGUCUACGACCAGCCAGCCGCCCGGCUCUGAGCCCCCGUCGCAGCCACCCGCACCCUCCCCGCCUGCUCCCGCCGGCCCACG